CGGUCGUUUUGUGCUCGAGCCGCGCGGCUCCGGGCGAGGGCUGCCUAAUUGCAGUCGAUAACGGUGCUGCCGUGGUGCCAGGUGCAGUCUCGGGCCGCGGCGGCUGCACCUGCCCCAUAGGGCAAGCCCAUUGGCAACAGCGGUGCAGCACCAAGCAAUCACCACGCGUAAUGAAGGCGGAAAUCUGGGCCGAGGUGGGAGACGCGGUGGCCGGCGGCGGCCCAACCCCCAAACUCGAGGCUGCUUUGGGCAACAUCUUAGCUGGGAGGAGCAACCACUUCCCGCGGCCGCCUCCGCAAAAGCGCGCACCGAGCGACACUUCCUCGGACGCAUCGUCGCUCCAAAGCAAGGAGAACCGGUCGCCGCGCCGCCGCUUAAGACGCGAUUUGUUACCGAGCGACUCUGAUGUCUCGGAGCCGCCGACGCCCACAACAAAGCCGGCGAGCGACUUCUUCAGACGAGCCGCGCGGCGCGCCUACGCUCCCAAGGAGGACCCGCGUUUACAAUUGAGGCGGGCCCUCGUCGACGCUCUACUCAAAUGCGCGGACGCCACGGCGGCGGCACAACUCGUCCGAAACGACGGGCCCGCGGCGCUGAACUGCGAGCGGGCCGAGCUUUGGGUCGCGAAGGCCUCGACGAACGAGGAGCACUGGAGCUGCGACGACGACAAGGCCCUGGCCGAGGCGGCGGCUGUUUCUUGUGAAGCGCGGCAGGGCUCUUCGGAUAGGCGCGCGUGGCCCGUGGCGAUCGACCAGGAAGUUGUCGGAGUGUUGGAAAUCAGAGGCGCGCCCUGGCCCUUCGAUCCAACUGAAGGUGUUGAAUUAGCCGAGGCGUGCGCCGCGCCGCUCCGGCGGUCCGCAGAGGCGGUCGCGCACGCGCGCGAGGUUGAGACAUAUGAGCGGCGCGUCGAGGAACUCCAGGACAAGGGCCGCGAGCGGAAGCAGCGCCUCGCGGACGCGCUGCGGGCGGGCGAGCGCGAGCGCGAGCGGCGUGGUGAGGUCGAGGACGCGCUCCGCGCGGCGACCGCGGCGACGGACGCGCUCCGGGCGGAUUUCCGACGAUCAUUGAGCUGUCAGAACGACGCCGCGGACUGGGCGGCCGCGCGCAAGGACGCCGCGGGCGCCCGGGCCGUCGCGGACGCGGCGCGGGCGGUUCUGAGGGCGAAAAGCGACGCGGCGGCGGUGUCGACGGCGUCGAGGGACGAUCGCGAGGCGGCGCUGCGCGCCGCGACGCGCGCGAUGCGGGCGGCGCAAGAUCGACAGGAUGCCACGAAAGAUGCUGCGCUCCGGACGACGCUGGCCGCGCUCGCGGCGGACGGCCGCGCCGCGUUGGAGGCCCGCGACGCCGCCGAGGACGCGCGGGCCCGGGCCGAGCACGAGAAAACACGCGCCGAAGAGAAAUAUCAAAGGGCCGAAGAAAUGUUAAGGAACGUCGAGCGCGACGCGGACGCGCGGAUUUCAGAAAUGGAGCGCGCCUGCGAGGACCGCGUCCGGUCUGCGCGCGACGCGCAGCGGGCGCAGCACGCCGCGGGCGCCGCCGCCGCGCGGGAGGUCGUGGAAUUGCGGCGGUUGCUCGACGAGGAGCGACUCAUACGACGCGACGAGGCGGCGUGGCGCGCCGCGGGCGAGGAACGGUUGCGGCAGCGGCGCCUCGUCGCCGUGGCGACGGCCAUGCGCCGGGCCCACGGCCGGUGGCGCCGCGAGCGGCUGCAGGAGGCCCUCGCGGUGUGGAUCGAGGACAUCACCAUAACGGCGCGCGUCGCGGCAAUUGCACAACGCGUCGCGCUCCGCGUCCACGGCGCGCCGCCGAACUGGUGGACGCCCGCCGUUGAGAAUGCUGCGCGCCAGCUCGCCCGGCGCGUCGACGCCGCCGAGGCGGGGGCGGCCGCGUCGCGGGCCGCGGGCGCGCUCGCCGCGGAGGAGACGCGCCGGGAACGGAGCUGCGGCGGCGCCGUCGCUUUAGCUGCGCAAAAGGCCGCCGAGCGCGCGUCACGACUCUUCGCGGCCGCGGCGACGGGCGACGAGGCGGCACUUGUAAAGGCGGUCCGCGACGGCGCCGCGGCCAUCGCGGCGAGCGACGCCGAGGUGACGUUGUUUGGAGGCGCCCAGUGCGGCACGGUUUCAAGAAGGGAGACGUCGCUCCAGAUCCCCGCAGAUCAUGGGCCGCUCGGCCUCGUGGCGACGGGUGUGUUGGAUGCGGCGGGGCGCGCCGAGCUCGAGGCCUGGUGUUUACUGACGGGGCGCGCCCUCGAGCAGGCGCGCGCGCUGCAAGCGGCCGCAAAAUCUCUGAGAGAGGCCUCGGCGAACGCGGCCCGGGCCGUGCGGGCGGCGGACGCCACGGCCCUCGAGGCCGUCGACGGCGCGCGACGCGCGGGGGGCGUGCUCGACGCCGUCGCCGCGGGCGGCGACGUCGAGGAGCUCGUGGCGGCGGCGCUCGACGACGGCGGCGCCGACGAGAUCCGGGCGCGCGUCGUCGUCCCGACGGCGGGGUCCUGGGAGUUUGCGGUCUGCGAUCGAACGCCCGUCGGCGGGGUCGAGGCGCACGGGAGCGCCUGGUGCGCCCCCGUGCGGAACGGCUGUCUGGUCGUGCACGCGGCGCGCCCGCGGCCGGAGCACUACGCGGCCCUCGUCGCCAAGUGCGCGGCGAUCGCGUCCAGGACGCGGUCCAAGCCCGCGCCGCGCCGCGCGCGGCUCCGGACUUUGUUAAGGCGAGCGGCGACGUUAACGCAACGGCGCGCGUGGGCGCGGUGGCGGUCCCACGUGGACCUGUCCACGCGUGGCGAGCUCGCCGCGAGCGAGGCGCGGGGCGUGGAACUGGGCCUCGCCGCCGACGCGGCGCACCGCGCGUGCGGGGCGCUCGCGCGGGCCUGCGACCAGCGGCGCCUUGCCCACGCGUUCGCUUCCGUCGAGCACUGCGCGCGGCGGUGCGCCUCCGCGGCCGCGGUGGCGGCCGGCGCCGCCGCAUGCGCUCGGUUGGGACAGAAGGCGCGCGCCUGGCGCUCUGUUGCGAAGGACGGGCGCGCGCGGACGAAGGAGGCGCUGGGCGACCUGGAAAUGCUCAAGACCCAGCUCGAGGAGGCGCGGGCCGCCGAGGCGCGGGCCGCUACUUUAGCCGUCCGCGCGCGGGAGCUGGAGGCGGACCGCCGGAAGUUGCGGGACGAGAUCGCCACCAGAGACGCGGCGCAGCGUCUCGGGCGCCUCGAGCUGCGAGACGAGAUUGCCACCAGAGACGCGGCGCACCGCGUUGGGCGCCUCGAGCGCGAGCGGCGACCCUCGGUCUCGCCGCUGAGCCCGGCGACGGCGCGGCGCCGAUCGCCGUCCCCCCGAGGGUUUAGAAGCGUCGCGUUCGCCGAAGCAACGCCGCCGCCGCGGGCGAGCCUGACGCCGUCCGACGAGUCGCUCUCGAGCGCGGCCCAGGACCGGCGCGACGCCCUGGCGCUCCGCGCGGCUGAGCUCGAGGCCCGCCAGCGCGGCGUCCGCGACGCGCUCGCCACGCACCGGUCGCGGACGCCUACGCCGACGACCACGACGUCUUCUUCGUCGUCCGACUCGCUCGUCUCGCGGACGUUGCGGGUGCUGCGGGACCAGCUGUCUCCCGAGCGGCCUGAUUCUUCUUCUUCUUCUCCGGUGGAGGAGGCAUAAGUUAGUAGUUUGUUGA